ACAGAAAACGGCAUCCUGUUGCCCUCUCUUCAGUCUGCCCUCCCAUUCCUGGACCUUCAUGGCACCCCUAGGCUGGAGUUCCACCAGUCGGUGUUUGAUGAACUGCGUGAGAAGCUUCUGGAGAGGGUCUCGGCUAUUGCCGCUGAAGGAAAGGCCAAUGAAAGGUACAAAAAGCUAGAAGAUCUUCUGGAGAAGAGUUUCCCUUUGGUAAAGAUGCCGUCCAUCCAGCCAGUGGUGAUGUGCGUCAUGAAACAUUUGCCCAAGGUCCCCGAAAAAAAGUUGAAGCUGGUGAUGGCCGACAAGGACCUGUAUAGAGCCUGUGCCGUGGAAGUGAAACGCCAGAUCUGGCAAGAUAACCAGGCUCUGUUCGGAGACGAGGUCUCCCCGUUGCUGAAGCAGUACAUUCUGGAGAAGGAGAACGCUUUAUUCAGCAGCGACCUCUCCGUGCUGCAGAACUUCUUCAGCCCUUCCCCUAAGACCAGGCGGCAGGGAGAGGAAAGCCCAGAACUCUUACUACUUCUGAGGAUGCUGUCCCUGGGACAAGGGGCUUGGGAUGUGAUUGACAGCCAGAUCUUCAAAGAACCCAAGCUGGAAGUGGAUUUGAUCACCAAAUUUCUGCCAAUGUUGAUGGCCUUCGUGGUGGACGACUACACCUUCACCGUGGAUCAGAAGCUGCCUUCGGAAGAGAAGGGUCCAGCUCCUUACCCCAGCACCAUCCCUGAGUUGUUUCCAAAGUAA